AUGUCCAGCAAUCAGUUGACACAGUUGCAGAAGCUUGCUUCGCAGGGCCGUUUGGAUCCAGACGAUCAGCGUCAGUUGCAGCAACACAUUUUCCGCCUAAGGGAAUUACACCAGAUGCGGCAGAUACAGCGGGCUCGGGCAGCUCAUCCGCAGAAUGUCGGGCCGAAUCAACCGGCUCAGCAACCUCCACGACCUCCUGCUCCACCGCAAACACCCAUCACCCGUCCUCAGCCACCGCAGCAGCAGCCCCAACAAUCGCAGCAGCUGCAUCAUCAGCAGCAACAACCUGGAUCGGGAGAUUCUCCCUCGGCCUUGAAAAAGACGAAGCGUGAGAGGGAUCAGAGCGAGGAUGACUUGGUGGUAAUAGAUCGGAAGCAAGCUGUGCAGCAACCUCAGCGACCUGGACCGGAUAGGCCACAGGGACAACAACCGACCGGCCCGUCUCAGUUCUCAAACCAGGUUCAGCAACAGGCCCAGAAGACGAAUGCUCCUCAACAAGCCCCCAUGCUUCCAGGAAAUGCCGCCCAAGCCGGUCAAGCUAUCUCGGAAGCGACGGCGGCCAAGCAAGCAGUCAUGGAGAAGGAGCAACAAGGGCAGAACUUGAACCAACGAAUGCAGAUUAAUGGGUUGAUGAAAUUGCUUGAGGAGGAGAAGAACAGCCAUGAGAGUCGAUUGCCGCUUCAACUCGACGCUAAUGAGCGAGGGUUUCUUCGACAACAAUUGGGUGAUGAGAGCACGAAGAAUAUGAUUCGCCGUACAGAUCAGUUGCUGCCCAUCUUUAUCAUGCUUAAUGGCCCUGAAAAACUUACACGAGAACUUAUUCGAACGAAAAACUUGCUCGCAUCGCAGUAUCAUCCUACUGGAGAUCCUAAGGAUGUCUUCACUUUAAGCCUGAGGGAGUUUACUGAGUCCCGUGGAUCUCUGACGAAAUACUUUAGCUACGUUAAAACGAAUAUGCAAAAUGCCUUCAAUAAGGACCCAGAGAGGGCCAAGGAGAUACAGAUGCGGGCGCUUGCUUUCGCCAAUCCGAACGGUGGUCCAUUCCCUGGGCCUCGUGUUCCUCCUGCAAGCACGCCGCAGCAACCGCAGCGGGUCUCGCCUCCCCAGGCCCAGGCCCAGGCCCAGCAGCAUCAACAGCUGCAAGUACCUGUUCCGCCAUCAAGUGAGAACGUGUUGAGCACUAGGAAUCUUGAGAAGCAGACAAAUUUGUUGGCACUCGAGAGAUCCCGAUCCUUACAGUCACGGGAGUCUCAACUCAAUGCGCGUGUUCAAGCUGUUGGCUCAAUGUCUCCGGACGUCUGCACGCCUAUUGAUAUAAAGCCAAGGAUCAGUGUUGAUGACCUAAAGUUUCCUCCAGCCCGCAAGAAGAGACUGCGUGAACCUGAUACCGUGGAGCCUCCUAAAGCGAAGCCUCUUGGGGAGCAAAAGACAUUCAAGUGCCCUCAACCUGGCUGCGAAAUUGGGGGCAAGGGAUUCGUGACCAACCGGGAGCUUUUGGAGCAUCAGCGCUGGCAUGAGAGGGAGACUCAGAAAGCUAUCGAGGAAGCGGAGAAGAGGGAGAGGAUGCGCAAGGACCCUGUUGGGUACUUUUUGAGCUCUGUGCGGGAAGGGCUUGGUCUUGGUGAGGAUGGAAAGCCUAAAGAGAAGAAGGAUGAAAGUGUUGCUGCGAUGAAGGAUGAUACCCCUUCGAGAACCGCUUGUGCAACCCCCCAGGUCAAAGCUGGGUCAACUCCUCUUCUGCCUAAUACCCCCUUGAACAUGAAGUCUGGGUUCACUCCUCUCCCAUCGGGAAAAUCGCCUGCUCUUCCAGCCUUCUGCACCCCACACCCUACGAAUGCUAAGACGCCUGGCAGUGCUGGAAGAUCGACCUCUGGGAUCAAAACUAUGACGAAAGAGGAUCACCAACUCCAGCACCAUAACGAUCAAAUUCCGACCCCGCCGGGCAGCAAUGCUUGGGAAGGCGCUUCCAUGUCUCCCGAUGUUCUCCGCCAAUGCUUUGAUGGGCUCUCUGAGCAGACGUCUGGCUUAUCGGCUUUGUAUCCUCCAAUCUUUACUCCCACCUACACACCCAGCCCAUCCGAUGCUGAGGGCGGUGAUUCGAUGUCAGAGAAUGUCGGCGGGGGCUACGAGGAUUGGAAUCCGUUUGGCUAUAAGGGAAGUCUAGGCGAUGAGAUGCUUCAAGAGAUUGAGUGGGAUAACCAACCGGCUUCUACAAACAUGGGCAAGGAUUGGGCUCUAGAGAGCGGAUACCGCAUGAAUGCUAGUGUUCUUGCGUAA